AUGUACAUGGUGCAGGGUCUGGCGCAUCGGGGUGGUACCAGUAAGGGCCAGCGGACUCAAAGUUCGGCGCGGCUUGGCUGGACGCGUCGUGGUGGCUAUGUGCAGGGCCAAACAAGUAAGUUGCAUCCGGACGAAUCAAACGCCAGCUAUUUUGCAAAAGUAAUGUUCCGGCGCGGGGGCACGCUGGGAACGGCGGGCAUGUCAGUUCACGUAAGGUUGGGAACAUGUGCGGUCUCGACGGUCGCGGUCUUGGUGCCCGCUCUUGUGGGCCCCCUUGUGUCGCACGUCCCUCGUCUUGGAUCUCUCAACACCCAAUUCCAGCGACCGCAAUUCCAAGACAUGUCAGCAAUAUGCGUCGAGAUCCAGACUCCCAUGACUUCAUCCUCGAGCUGGGCACAUUAUUACAGGAGCAUGGUAUCCAGGCUGUGCUCGUUAUCGUCAGCCCUCGAUCACCGGCCUAGUCGGAUUUCCCAUCGGAGAUUCGGCCGGUUUCUCAUAUUACGGUGUAUACGCGACUAUUACCACUGCAUGGAGCUGGCUUCUGUUUUGGGAGCCGUCGCACUGCAGCUGCAUGAAGUCCGGUCGGUUUCACGUGGCGCUGUUCAUGUCUCGAUAGGCGCAGGCUGGUGGCUUGCAGCGUGGCAGCCUCAGCCCUGA